AUGGCCGCUACCAUCCGUCCUAUCACCGGCAUGCUCCGCCGCACUCUGGUCCUCGACCUGAGCACCGCCUUCGGCUUCGGCACCACCUUCGGCUACCUUUGGUGGUACGGCUACCACCUUCCCCGCGUCCGCGCCCGUGACAACUACUACACCCGCCUGGAGGCCGAGCGCGCCGCCCAGCAGGCCUAGAUCGACUUGUGAUUCCUGUUCCGGGUACUGGCACUGUCGAGCCGUGUUGUACUAUGUUG